AUUUGAAUCAAGCUUGUCAAAUCGCCAAUCUGCCGCAUCGUCAUGCCAGCCACAGGGCUCGGGAGGGAAGUUGUAAAAGUACCAUAACCGGUGUGUGGUGACGCCCUUUCCCGGGUGCAUAGAUUAGCCCAGCACUGCUGCCUGUCCGACUGAAGCCAUGUGGCUUCAGUUUGACUUUGGAGCUCGUACAGUAAUGUUGUGUUUACAGUAGAGUGACCACACUCUUCUCAUCAUCCCGUGGUGGUAGUUUAGUUUGGAGCUUGCUGGGGAGAAUGCUAGUUUGAGACCAAUACAACCGUGUAUCGUGUAGGGUUGGUAUCCAAACGGCGACGAGUGGGGUAAUGUUGGGUGGCGUUGGAUGUAGUGGGGCAACACUCGAAAUAAUGAUAACAAGCUGCGCGUGACGUUUCAUAGUGUGAAUGGAAACAGUGAAACUCCUGUCUGGAUUGGUUUCUCGUGAGUUGUUUAUUAAACAAGUGGGGAUAGUUCUGUUCAAAACAUCUGCGACUGCAGCUAUUGUACGAGAUAACAUUGAAAAAUACCUGGAUUGAAUGCUGUUGCAAAGUUCUCUAGCACCUUUCAGCAGACAAUUAGAAUAGUCAUCGACAAAGAAUUUUUAACUGCUCGAAAUGUGGCUACGGAUGUAGCAGCUUCCGAUGAGUUAUACUGUGGAUAAGCAGGCGGAUAAAAGGGUACACGUGUCAGCUGAGUAUUAAUAAGUAUUGGAAUUGCAAAUAACCUUGCGAAUGUAAGUGCAUCAUUUUCGGAACAUUUGUCGAGAUAUUGUGUGAGGUGUUAAUUUAUUCAGUGUAAAGGUUACUUUGGGAUCUGUGUAAAAAUACCAAAAUAAUGAUUAACGCUUUCGAAUUGAGAUGAGAUGGGAUUUCAUUUAGCGUUUCAAAAUUAUUAGCAUUUCGAACAGACACCUAACGUACACAAAUAUUUUGGAAAAAAAGAAAAUAAGUGCUGAAAUUGUGUGAAGUGCUUUACUUAAAAGUCACCAACUUUUGCCUACUAGAUGCUGUUGUGAGCAAGGAAAAAUAACAACAUAAUAACAACAUAACAUAGACAACAUAUUGUUGAAUUGGUUAGGAAAUGACAGAUAAAUCGGUCCUGGUCGACAGGAACCGGUCACAGAAUGGAACAGUCGUAACACAUUCAUAUGGUGCAACUGAUGAAAUAACGACGCUCGGCUCUGCUGCUGAAAGUCCCCUACCGGGUGGAUCUGGGGAAGAUCCUCCUCCGACAGCCGAUUCACAAAUGGAAAAACGUUCGACGUUAAAAAUCUUCGAGAAAAUUGGCUUUGGCUUGGGACACGUGUACAAUGAUUUGUGUGCCGGAGUAUGGUUCAGUUACACGUUACUGUUUAUGCAAGGUGCCCUCGGAAUGCCAGCAGCAGAAGCCGGUGCUCUGGUCAUGCUCGGGCAGGUCGGCGAUGCUGUCGCGACGCCAAUUGUGGGAUUUUUAACAGAUAAAUAUGGAACCAAAAGGCAAUGGCACAUAGCAGGAACCUUCAUAGUAUUCAUCACUUUUCCCAUGAUAUUCUCCCUGUGCCCGUGGUGUGAUGUAGCCCCGCACUGGUGGGAGAUUGUCUACUUUACCAUUGUGAUAUUGCUGUUCCAGUUUGGUUGGCCAAUCGUCCAAAUAACACAUCUUGCCAUGAUACCGGAACUUUCAAAGUCUCAGAAAGAUCGAUCGGAUCUGACAGCCGUUCGUUACUCGGUCUCCAUCGUUUCCAACGUUGUGGUAUACAUUGUGACCUGGGCAGUACUCCGAAGCCGUACGACUGCAGACAACCAGAUUGGGGCCGGCGAUGCGUACCGAUUCCGAGAUAUUGCGCUAAUAUUAAGUCUAGUCGGCGUUUCUAUGUCCGUUCUGUUCAACUUCUCGCUUACCUUUACCGGUUACGAGAACCGCAGGCACACAGCAUUGCAGCAUAACAUUAUCAAAAGUGCCGGCAGCCAACGAAGCCGCGACCCGGAAAGACAAACUCUUCUACAUUCCGAACAGGAAAUAACGGGCGCAGAUGUUGCCGGACCCUCGAGUUUAGUGGCUAACGGUACCGUUGGGGCCAAAGAUGAAAUUGUUUUCAGAAAACCGAAGAAAAACUUCUUCAAAUCUCCGUUGCUGUAUCAGAAUGCAUUGCUUUACGUGUUCUCACGCUUAUUCAUGACUACUUCGCUAGUCUACAUGCCGUUGUGGCUAGACGAACGUGCCUUUCAGCCCGAUCCGAUCCAGAAUGCUAGUGUAGAGCAUCUAGCCACUGUUCCGUUGGUGUCAUUCUUAGCUUCCUUCAUAGCAUCGUUAGUACUGAAAUAUACCAACAAAUAUGUGGGCAACAGUUUGGUGUAUUUCCUCGGCUCGGCCAUUAGUUUGAGCGUGUGCACUUGGAUAGCUCUUUCAGAAGGAUCGGCCACCUUUAGCACCAUCCAGCUAAUGGCCAUAGCGUCGCUUUUCGGUGCAGGCAGUUCGAUUACCAUGAUCAGCAGUCUUUGUAUUACCGCUGAUAUGAUCGGCAAACAUGCCGAUCAGGGUGGAUUCAUCUAUUCGGCCGUCACGUUUACUGAUAAGCUUAUCACUGGCGUGGUAGUGGUAAUUAUUGAAUCUAUGAAAUGUCACGAUCGUAACGAUUGUCCAGAUUAUUACCGAAGUGUCCUAGCAUACGCCUGUGGAACAGCUGCAGGACUUGGCUGUGUUACGCUGGCGACGCUGGUUUGCACUAGCGCACGUAGAAAACGAUCGCGGCGUUUAAGAUGAUCAUGGGUCAUUCUCACCAAAAGUAACCUAUCAGCAUUAGGAAUAAUUUUAACAGUGAUAACAUACCUUUAUGAACAGCAUAUCCCAAAAUGUAAAUAUUUCCGAGUUUUAUUCUUAUAAGUUUUUAGCCAAAUACAACUCAACGAUUAUA